AUGAAGAACAAACUUCCCCUGCCCACCUGCUUGCUGAUCAACGCCCGGUCCCUGAGGGGGAAAACAGAUGAAUUGACAGCAAAUCUCCGCCACCUCCACGAGUACCGGACUGCCUGUGUGAUGGCGAUCACGGAGACGUGGUUGGAUAGUCAAGCCCCGUCCAGUCAGGCGGAGCCGGCCGGUUUUACCGCAUACAGAAUGGACCGGGACUCCAGCGUCACAGGAAAGUCACGCGGCGGUGGUGUGUGUCUCCUCAUUCGGGACGAAUGUCUACGCACUUAUUAUCAAUAUGUGAAGUGCCACACGAGAAAAAACAAGAUCCUGGACAUGUGUUAUGGCACUGUAAAGGGUGCCUACUCUGCCUCCUCCCUGCCUCCACUGGGGGCAUCAGAUCACAAUGUGGUGUACCUCCGACCAGCAUAUCAGAGGCUCCUGAAGAGGGAGAAACCCCAGGUCAAGACGGUGUUGGCCACGGAGGGCUACGCCCCCGUCACCACGGCGAUCAGGGAGGCAGGCGAGUUCUACUUUGCGGAGGACUACUGUCGGCAGUACCCAAGUGCAUACCCAUAA